AUGUAUGGUAAAGCGGACGAGGUAGAUGGGAGUGUGGCCGCGAGCGCCGCGCAUACCUCACAGGGGCGGCAGUCUCGUUUAGACAUCUACGAGCAAGCGGUGGCAAAAAAAUCGCAGUAUCGCCCGAUCUCCCCUAACGCCUUGAGGGCGAACUCAGCGAAAAGCGACCUUGAUGAGCAAGAAAUCACCUACUUGGUGCUGGAGUCCCGCCGGCUUUUUAUGUCGCAGCCCAUGCUCAUCGAAAUCAACGCCCCGGUGAAUUUAUGCGGGGAUAUUCACGCGCAAUUCAGCGACCUCCUUCGUCUCUUCGACCUCGGCGGCUUCCCACCCACGAGUAAUUAUUUAUUCCUCGGCGACUAUGUCGAUCGGGGGGAUCGCUCGCUCGAGACGAUCUGCCUGCUCUUGGCGUAUAAGCUGCUCUUCCCGGAGACUUUUUUUCUGCUCCGUGGGAAUCACGAAACGAGCAGCAUCAACCGCAUCUACGGCUUUUUUGACGAGUGCAAACGACGUUUCAGCGUGAAGCUGUGGAAGCGGUUCACGGAUACGUUUAACUGCAUGCCCGUGGCGGCGGUGGUGGGGGAUCGGAUUUUGUGCAUGCAUGGCGGGUUGAGCCCGGAGCUGCACAGCCUGGAUCAGAUCCGCCGUAUUUUACGACCCACCGACGUCGCCGAUAGCGGACUGCUUUGCGAUCUUUUAUGGGCGGAUCCCGCGGAGGAGGGGGCGGUGGGGUGGGGGGAAAACGAUCGCGGCGUUUCCUGGGUGUUUGGCAGCGAUGUCGUGGAGGAGACGCUGCGGCGGUUCGAUCUCGACCUCGUUUGCCGCGCCCAUCAGGUCGUCGAUGAGGGCUACGACUUCUUCGCGGGGCGUCGCCUGAUUACCGUUUUCUCCGCGCCGAAUUAUUGCGGGGAGUUUAACAACCACGGGGCGUUUCUCUGCGUGGAUCGGCGGCUCGCCUGCAGCAUUACGCAGCUCAUCCCAACGUAUGACGUGCGGGCGGUGUAUUGA